UAUAUUCCGGGAGUGACAACUCUUUAAAUAGAAAAUCAGAUUGAUUUUACCACUUUGCCAACGCAAAAUAUCUAUAUUUAAUGGAACAAAAUUGUAUGAAUGUCGUCCUUUUUCAUAGAUUUUGUUUCCAAAGCGACGUCGGACCAGAUUUGAUUACGGUGUCCUUAGAUGUAAUUGCAGCACUAACCGCCUGCACCUGAUCAAGAAUAAUACCACCUCUGUUUCAUCGCCAACCCUAUUGUGUGAAUUGGCCUCUGCUACUCUUCAAUCCUUUCAUUUCACUUCUCUCUAAAUCUCUUUCUUUCUCUCCCUAUAUAUAUGUACACACUUGUAGAUACACAUAUAUACAACUGCUUGAUAUUGCAUUCUGCAUCCAGCCUUUAUUGCAUCGUUGAUUCUGAUUGAAUUUGGGUGGGUUUCGCAAUUUCAAGGGGUGAAGGGAUGUUGAGUGGUCGUCGUGAAAAUUUGACAGCACUUUCUGAAUCAUUUGAUAGUCAAUCCGACUGUGAAGAUGGGAGCAGAGCUUAUGAAAAGGAAGGGAAGGGAAAGAGACUUUGGAAGAAAGUGAAAUAUCAGCUUGUUGAAUACCAUUCUUUGCCAGGGUAUUUAAGGGACAAUGAAUUUAUUUUGGGUUAUUAUCGAUCAGGAUGGCCAUUGAAGCAGGUCUUCCUGAGCAUCUUCUCCAUUCACAAUGAGACUCUUAAUGUUUGGACGCACUUGAUCGGGUUCUUUAUUUUUCUUUCCUUAACUGUCUACACAGCAAUGAAAAUUCCAAAAGUCAUGGAUCUCCAUUCUCUGCAACAGCUACCCAAUUUUCUCAAGGGAACUGAUCUGAACAAGAUUCGUGCAGAACUCUUGAAAUGUAUUCCCUCCUUACCCAACAUGCCUGAUUUUCAUCGAUUAGGAGAUGAGUUGAAGACAUCUUUGCCAUCAAUGGAUUUGUUUUCCUCACUUUCUGGUUGGCAUAUUACGGAACUUCUUACCAACUGUUUGCCUGAGCAGUUCACUGUUACCAGUCAAACAGAUGAUUCUUUUCUGAGUAACAUAAAAGAUAACAUGGCCAAUAUGGUAGCUCCCCUGUUGGUUCAGCAGCCAAUCACAAGAUGGCCUUUUUUUGCCUUCCUGGGCGGAGCCAUGUUCUGCCUGCUAGCCAGCAGCACAUGCCACCUCCUUGCAUGCCACUCGGAAACCCUUUCAUACAUAUUGCUCAGGCUCGACUAUGCAGGCAUUGCUGCACUCAUUGCGACCUCCUUUUAUCCUCCUGUCUAUUAUUCCUUUAUGUGCAACCCUUUCUUCUGCUAUCUCUACUUGGGGUUCAUUACAGUAUUAGGGGCCGCCACCAUUGGUUUCUCUCUCUUCCCAGUUUUCGAGAAGUCCCAUUUCCGGAGCUUCCGUGCUGCUCUCUUUUUUGCUAUGGGCAUGUCAGGAGUGGCACCCAUAAUACAUAAACUGAUAUUGUAUGGGUCCCAGCCGGAGGCCCUUCAGACCACUGGUUAUGAGGUACUAAUGGGAGUCUUAUAUGGAACUGGAGCAUUUUUAUAUGCUAUGAGAAUCCCGGAGCGAUGGAAGCCUGGCAAGUUUGACAUUGCUGGACACAGUCAUCAGCUCUUUCACAUCUUGGUUGUUGCAGGGGCUUACACACACUAUCAGGCAGGGCUGAUCUAUCUCAAGUGGCGGGACAUGAACGGUUGUUAGAGAAUGAAUCUGACUGUAGUGGACAACUUCUUGUAGUUCUUUGACUGUGCUGGUGCAACUUUGGCUUGUGGAUGAAGCUUAUGAAUUUGAAUGAACUAUGGAGUUAUAUAUAAUAUGCAUCCGAGUUCUUCUUCACUUUCUAUUUUAUUUUAUUUCUCUCUGUAUUUGGUUGUUAAAGCUAGAGUUCUUUUGAGGCAACUACAUGAACUGUUCUCCCAUUUGAGGAUUGACUUCUCAAUCCAUAUGACCCUUGUUUGCAAUAGCUGUAUAUGGACGGGUUUUCGCAAGUUGUUACCCUAAUUGUUCAAGUUUGGAUGCCACACUUUGAGAUGCA